AUGCCUGAGAAUGACCCAUACACUCAGUUGAAGGAAGCGUUCAUCACCUGCACAAUUGUGUGGGAUGAACGCCGACUGGAUGAGUUGUUUGGGGACCUCAAAAUCGGCAACCGCACCCUGUCCCAGUUGUUGCGACACAUGCGGCAACUCCUCCGUCCCCGCGUACUUGAUCGUGCGUUCCUCAGCCAGCUUUGGUUAGAGCGUCUUCCUCCACGCAUCCGGGAAGUUUUUGUUGUGUCCGGAUCUCGAUUGAUCACAAUAUACACACAACAAGAUAUCACACGAUGA